AUGCUAAAUGUAAAAUUUGUUUGCAUGAAAUUUAUCGUCACGAUCAUAUUAUUAUAUUUAAUUUUAUAUUUUAUAUCAUUUUAUCUUAUUUUAUGUUUCAUAUUAUUAUAUUUAAUUUAUCGAUUAAUGUAUAGGAUUAUUGGUUUGUUUAAUCGUUAAGUAAAUAUUGGAAAUACAAUAUCUGAAUGAUACAAUACAAUAUCUGAAAAUGUCUCAUUAAUUAAAUAUUCAGAAUUAAGUAAAAUUAAGAAAGUCGUAAGUAAAAUGAAGCAUUAGCUUCAUGUAUUUCAUUGAUGCCGUCUAUAUUAAUUCUUCGAAUUAUAAGAAGCUUUUAGUGAUGAAACACACUAGUGUGCAUAAGUGUUUGGACAGUUUUAAAUUAUUGCAAUGUGCUUCUUUAAUUUAAUCUUGUAGUUAAUAGAUUGAUGAAAGGAAUAACGAAUAUUGUAAUAAUUAUAAUACUGAAGAUUCUGCAGAGUGAUAUCAGUUAUGUUUGUUGUUGGAAUUUUAGAAAGAUUACGUUUCUAAUUGCGUUAAAAAAUUUUGCAUAGAUUUCGUAAAAUGGUCAUUUAUAGAUUUAACAAACAUGAAACCUGGAAGUGCAAAAAAAAUUAAAAAAAGAGUUCAAAACACACUUUAAUGAAAUUAUACUUAACAUUCUAUUGUCUAAUGUCCAAUUAUGCGUACUUGAGAAAGGAAAAUCGUCAUUAAAAUUCCUAGUGAAUAUGUAUAAAUUGCAUCGGAAAUUGCAUUAUUCAUAUGAAGUUACAUAAUGCAAUUCAUUUCGAACUUUCAAAUCGACACAUCUUAUUAGUCAUUUUCGAGAGAAAUGAUGAACGCAAAAAUUUAACAAUUUUAGGGAGGGAUACAAAUAUCCUAUUUAGUUUUAAAUAUCUAUGUUUUUCUUAUUCUAAGGAAAAAAGAAAAAAAAAGAAAUUUCUAUUUCGAUCGUUUUUUUUUUUUUUUUUUUUUUUUUAUCGAACAUCAUUCGAAGGAAAGAGAAUUUAUUUCUGGUUCUUACACUAAAGAAUGGACAAUUAAUUCUUCUAUUAUUAUCAAUUAUAAAAUAUUAUCAACAGCAAUUGCAUUCUUUCACUUUUUCUUUUUCCCACUGGAAAAGUAAUCUUAAUUAUUUUAUUUUCAAUAGAUUGGCAGCUGCGUGUCUACGGUCAAAUAAAAGAUAUUUCAAAAUGGACGUACAACUGAAUCAUGAACAUAUCACGCAACCUAGCUACUUUUAUGUGACCGAUUUCGAAAAGAAUUUUGACUACAAAAGUGGCCAUAAGUGGAUGAAGGACAAUCACCUAAUCUCUUUCUAUUGCUGUGUUGUUUACCUUCUGCUAAUAUUUGCCGGGCGUUAUUACAUGUCAAAUAGGCCAAAGUUCGAAUUAAGAGGACUACUUGCUAUUUGGAGUGGAGCUCUCGCAUUAUUGUCUAUUGUUUUUUUCGUUAGAACGGUACCAGAAACUUACAACAUAUUAAGCAAUCAUGGAUUUUACCACAGCAUUUGUACACCUAGGCGACACAGUUUUCAUUGUGUUACGGAAACAGCCGUUGAUAUUUCUACAUUGGUACCACCACCUCACAGUUCUCCUUUAUACAUGGUACUCCUGUGUAGAAAUCUCAGGAUACUCCAGAUGGUUCACCUCAAUGAACAGUUUUAUUCAUUCUUGGAUGCAAUGAAAGUCAAUCUACCAAAAUGGCUCGCCAUGACGAUCACUAUACUACAGAUCGCGCAAAUGUUCUGGGGCAUAUUUGUUACCAUAUCGGCGUAUUAUUACGCAUACGUUGCACAAGUUCGGUGCAACGUUCCGGUUAAGAAUCUCACAUUUACCACGUUAAUGUACCUCAGCUAUCUUAUCUUGUUCAUCAAUUUUUUCAAACAAAAUUACUUCUCCAACAAACGUGCAAAGCAAGUCGAGAGGAAACGUCCAACUAAGACUGAGUGA